GUCAAGUGAUAGACGUCCAUCAAGAAGGCACCAACAUAGUGAUUCAAUCGGUGAAGAUAAAUUUAGAAAUGGCCCUCAAGUCACUAUCCUUAAGAGACCUCAAUCUGCUACCGAUUUUGAACAUGAUUAUCAACUUACUUCUGCCGUUGCUGCUGAUUAUUCUAAAGAACGUAGACGUUCGGAUGCUUCUAUUUCCAAACGUAAAUGCUCUCAACGGCGUAAAGAUAUAAAAUCAAUUUCAGGAAUUUUACAAGUUAUCGAACCAUCUUUCAAUAAUUAUCAAUUACCAGAUUCUUCUAAUAAAGAAUCUGAU